AUGCCUCCAUCUACAGUAGGGCCGACUCGCUCGGCAUGGUUCGAGUGUAUCCAGCUUGCGGAGCAGACGAACGUAGAUAUUGUUGCGAUCCCGCCCAUCGGGGCCCAUCACCAGAAAUCCUGGACAGCUCAGGGGUCGAAAUCACCAUGGCUAGGGACGGAUCUGCUAAAACGUAUGCCACGCGCUCGGGUGCUGCUAUACAGCCAUGGCCAGCUGCGCGAGCGUGACAAGAUCGAUAUCCUCGGCCAACGGCUGUUGAACCGCCUGCUCGAGCAGCGCAAACAUGACAGCAGUCGGCGGCCAAUAUUCUUCCUAUGCCACAGCACAGGCGGGUUAGUAGCCAAGGCAUGCCUCGCUCUGGCAUCACGGGCCGAGCCGAACCAGGCGAUCCUGACGAGUUGCCAUGGUAUCGCGUUCUUCGCGACUCCUCAUCAGGGAUCGACGUAUCUCUCGGCAGAAGAGUAUCAACGAAGUAUUCGGCGGCUGCUGUAUCUGGAGUAUGAAAUUCCACUCGCGUUGCGAGAACAGUUCCGCCCUCGACAGGACAGACUGUGGCAUCUUUCUAAUCAGUUCAAGGCACUCUCUGCUGACAUGAAGGUCUGGUCGUUCCUGGAGACGCUUGACUCGACCCUGCAUGUGCAAGAUUUAGAGUCAAACACUAUCAUAGAGUUCCAUGCGCCGAUCACUUCUAUUCGAUCUGGGUUACUCAGUAUCGAGCACGAGAACGAGAUUCCCAUGGGUACGGAUCAUGCUGGGACAUCGUGUUUUGAGGGACAGGAACCAGCUCUAGAAGCAUUUUUGAUUGAACUCAAUGACUCUGUGAAUGUGGCUGUUGAGCUUUCCAAGCGCAUGGAUCAUCCGCUACAGGUGGAGCAGAGGGUUAUGGUCCAAGUCAAUGGGUUCUUCGAAGACACAGCCCUAGGUGUGAGCGAUGAGACCCCACUGAAGUUGUGGUCCACGCAGGUCUCAUUGGAGAAAUACUUGGCUCAUGGGCCAUCAGCUUGUCUGCGGGAGCGUUUGGAGCGGAUUCAGCCUGGGACACUGGAUGAUUCCUCGUUGAGUAGUUACGGUAGCCGCUUUCCAUCCCCCAAGGUAGUCCAGGGGCCUGAAGACCAUGAACAUGAAGAUUCUAUUGAUGGUGAUCUUACUGAUGAUGACAAUAAUGACCAUAACGAUCACGACGUCCAUAACAACCAUGAAGCUGUGCGCGAGAGCGACGACCGACCCUCGAGGCCGACGUUAAAACACGGCCAAAGCUAUCAAACCCACAUAGACCCAACACUCCAUUCUCCAACCAUCCACAUCACCAAGGCCGCCACAGAUGGAUACUUUGACAGACCCUCAAGUGAAAGCCCUCCACCUCCCUUGGAACGACGAGCGAAGGAAACCAUCGCACAUGCAUUAGGAAUAGGCCACGUCAGAUCCCACAAACGAAAUAUAUCGGAUGACAGUUCCCACGCGAGUAGCUCUCGGCCUAACUCAAGCUCGGCAUCCCCCUCGCGACAGGCCGAUUUCUUGACAAUCCCUGCAUCGACGCGAGAUCGUAUCAACCAGAAUGCCGAAGGGGCGGAUAUACCUCGCUCACUACCGCGUUUUGACAGACCUGAUCCGGGCACCGAGAAGCUAGUAUGGAUACAUGUUCCCUACACACAUACUGGAUGGGUGUCACAGGUCAUUCGGCGAGCAUGCCAGGAUCGCCAGGAACCGACAUUUGUACGAAAAUUUAUCAAUGAUGAAAACUGGUACCUGAACCUCAAUCGAGCACGACAUAAGGAACCACAUGCCCGGUUUGUCCGGCCAAAAUGCAUUCACUCCAGGCAGAUGGACGUAUCCCACGGGGCCAAGGAAGGGGAUGCAGAAGAUCCUCAGUUGGCUCUAUAUACACCAUAUCUUCAUUGGGACACAUACCGAAACCUGAUACAACGCCGCAAGGUCAUCGAAGACCGACUUCACCAAGGGCGAUCGAGACCCGUGCCAUCUCGCAUCGACAGAUCAAGCCUCGAGGCGCAACUCAUAUGGCAAUAUAUGGGCUGUGAGCCUCCUAUCCACUUCCGGCGCACUCUCGACCAAUUUGGGUACCCCAAUCUACGCUCGACGGUAGCUCGCGAUGACGAUCAAAUGCUCUGGAAGCGCACUCGCAAGCCAGCCCGAAUCGAUGAUCAACUCCGAGAGUACCUGGAAGCGACCAACGAUGAUCCAGAAGGCACCGAGCCUACCGAGUUUAUGGAUGGUAAUGUACUGAUGGUCGACCAGCUCUGGCUUUGGAUCGUCGACCGAAAGACUAUUGUCACGUUUUUCCCUAAUCAAGAAGCGACCACCUCCGAGGGAAAGCUGUUGGAACAAACCAAUUUGCACAGCAGUAUUUAUAAUGAGUUGAAUGGAGAUCUGGCGCGUCGGUUUGAAACCGCUGGUGACUUGGCAGCUCUGAUCAUGUUACACGCUACAACUGUCCUUCUGGACAGGACUCUCCAUCGCGACUUGCAGGUUCUAAGAAUCUUCGAAGAGUCGAUCAGUAUCCUGACCGAAUCUGUAACCAAAUCCUUCAAACGCUUCCGCAAUCGAGGAUUCUUCAGUCGUCCAGCAGACUUCGAUCGCACCACAGAAGGAAAAAAUAUGACCGCUGCAGAGCUUGACGCGAGAGAUCGGCAAACAGCUCGUCGCAACCGUGACGACCUCUCCGUGCUUCUCGAGCUACGCGAUAUCGAAGAUGAGCUCUCAACGAUUCUGAAAUUACUCGAUCAGCAAGACACUGUCAUCAAGAGCAUGAUGAAGUACUUCGAUCCAAGUGGUUGUGGUAUUGUCUUCCUCGAUGCGGCGCAGAUGCGAAUCGACGAGUAUCGGACACAGAUUGGCGAGAUGAAGGAGAACAGUCACCUUGCACAGAAAGCGGUCGAGACUCUGCUUGACCUGAAGCAGAAGCAGGCAAAUGUUGACGAGGCGAAGAUGGCGAGGUGGCAGGCUGAGGAGACGCAGAAUCAGUCUCGGUCGCUGAUGGUUUUCACCAUCUUCACAGUCAUCUUCCUCCCAUUGUCCUUCUUCACGUCCCUUUUUGGCAUCAAUGCCCGUGAAUGGAGUGGAACGCCCGAAAAUCUCUCUUUGGCCCAGAUGUUUGAGAUUGGAGCACCGGCUUCCUUCGCAAUCAUUGGCAUCGCCCUGCUAAUGGCAUUCAGCGGGAGCCUCCGCCAAACAGUCACAGAAUCACACAAGAUCGGGCGUGGUCUGUUGAGAGAGUUCGUCACUACCCCCAUAAAAAUGUUUCUGCACUGGGAUUCCUUCAGAAGUAAGAUCCCUUCCGUGGUUCCAGCUGAAGACUCGGCGAUGCGCAAGCGGUUCGACCAGUAUCUUGGGUACAGCCAUAAUCGUACACAAUUCGAGGAGGACUUUUGGCAACGUCGGCAAGUGGAAAGGAGUCCGCUGGAAGAGCUCGAGAGGAGGAAAAGAAAGCGAGUAAAGUCGAUGUCGAAGGCGAAUGGAUGGGGAGAGGCCUUGGCGGAGAAAGUGCGACGGGUUAGUGAGGGCGGGCUCAAUGUGUGA